AAAAAAAUGCUUACGAACCAGGCAACAACUUUCAUUGAUUGUUCGUUUAUGUAUGGUGUAACUGAAGAAGCAGCAAGGAAACUAAGAGCACUUGAUGGAACAGGAAAAUUACUCACACAACCUGGCAAUCUGAUGCCCAAAAGAGUUAAGGUAGACAGAGAUAUAAAUUGCAGGAUGAAUUUCAAGAAAUAUUGCUUCGAAUCAGGUGAUUCUAGAGGAAACCAACACACUAUUUUGGCAUCCUUGCACAAUCUUUUCGUUAGAGAACAUAACAGAAUAGCUACUCAGUUGAAAAUUCUGAAUCCUCAUUGGGAUGGAGAAACAAUAUUCCAAGAAACAAG